AUGGUACGUCCAAUCAGCAUCAACCAACCCAAAACCACCGCUUCGGCCCAGAACUCGGCAGGCAUCCAGACCCUGCUCGAUGCCGAGAGGGAAGCUUCCAAGAUCGUCCAGAAGGCCCGAGAAUACCGAACCAAGCGGGUGCGCGAGGCCCGAGACGAGGCCAAGAAGGAGAUAGAAGCCUACCGGCAGACCAAGGACGAGGAGUUCAAGAAGUUCGAGGCCGAGCACACCCAGGGCAACAAGCAAGCCGAGGACGAGGCCAACCGCGAGGCCGAGAUCCGCAUCAAGGAGAUCCAGGCCGCCGGCAAGAAGGGCGAGACCACCGUCGUCAAGAACCUGCUCCACGCCGUCUUCGAGGUCAAGCCCGUGCCGCCCUCCCGGUCGUGA